AUCCCAUUUAGAGGGCUAAGGUAGCAUCCCGCUCUGAGGCUAAGCCUCUUGUUGGCUGGCGGAGGCCGAGAGGCGCGUGUGUGGGGUCGCCCCAGCUCCGCAGCCUGGGCAGGCUGGCACGAAUCCCGCCCGCGCGCGGCGCUCAAUUCCGAGCCCGCUGGGAGCGCGCGCACACAGGACCGAAACGCGCGCUCCCGCCCCUUUCGCGCGCGCCCUCCCCGCCGCGCCCCCGCCCCACGCACCGGUCCUCCGCGCCCCAGCGCUCCCUGCGCUCCCACAGCCCGUGUGCCGCUCAGCUGACCCGCGGGCGCCAGACGCCGCGGCUCCCAGCUUACGAGAGCAGCUGCGGCGGCGCAGGCCUCUCCCGGCGACACUCCCCCUGUGCGCCCCUCCCCCACCCGUCACUGGGAUCCCGAAGGAUUGGGCGCGAGCUCGCGGCCGCUUUCCCGGCGCCGAGCGAGGAGCGAGGCUGCGGUGACGAGCAGUGGCUGCGCCGCCAUGGGCGCGCCCGGGUCGCCCUAGGACGGGCGCGCGGAGACCGAAGCCGGAGCGGCAGCCUCAGCAGCUAGCCCUCCCGAGCUGCGGCGGCGGCGGCGGCGGCGGCGGCGGCGGCGGCGGCUGGAGCAGCGCCGCCGGGAUGAGCGGCAGCGGCGCGGCGCCCGGUCCGGGCUCGGGCUCCUCCCCGGCCGCCUGCCGCUUUGCGCACUACUUCGUGCUGUGCGGGAUCGACGCGGACAGCGGGCUGGAGCCUGACGAGCUGGCGGUUUUGUACCAAUGGCUAGAAGCAGAUCGUCAUGGCAAGAGCCAAGAUGCUGCAAAUACGACUUCAGGUGAAAAUUUUGACCAGAGUCCUUUGAGAAGAACAUUCAAAUCCAAAGUUCUGGCCCACUAUCCUCAGAAUAUAGAAUGGAAUCCUUUUGAUCAAGAUGCAGUAAACAUGCUGUGCAUGCCUAAAGGGCUAUCUUUCAGAACACAAAAUGACAAUAAAGACCCUCAGUUCCACUCAUUUAUAAUCACUCGGGAAGAUGGUUCUCGUACCUACGGUUUUGUUCUCACUUUUUAUGAAGAAGUUACAAGUAAGCAAAUCUGCACAGCAAUGCAGACGCUUUACCAGAUGCACAACGCAGAGCAUUACAGCAGCGUGUACGCCUCUUCCUCCUGCAGCAUGGACUCGCUGGCGAGCAGCAUUGACGAGGGAGAUACAACGUCCCUUUUGAAACUCCAGCGCUACAACUCCUAUGACAUCAGCAGAGACACCCUGUAUGUUUCCAAAAGCAUAUGUUUGAUUACACCACUGCCUUUCAUGCAGGCCUGCAAGAAAUUCCUUAUCCAGCUUUACAAGGCAGUUACCUCCCAGCAGCCACCACCCUUGCCGCUCGAGAGCUACAUCCACAAUAUUCUCUAUGAGGUGCCCCUUCCACCUCCAGGGAGAUCACUGAAAUUUUAUGGUGUUUAUGAACCCGUCAUCUGCCAGAGGCCGGGACCCAGCGAGCUCCCCCUCUCUGAUUACCCUCUCCGAGAGGCCUUCGAGCUUCUGGGGCUGGAGAACCUGGUGCAGGUGUUUACCUGUGUUCUCUUAGAGAUGCAGAUCCUUCUCUACUCACAAGAUUAUCAACGCUUGAUGACUGUGGCGGAAGGCAUCACCACACUUCUGUUCCCAUUUCAGUGGCAGCAUGUUUACGUGCCCAUCCUCCCUGCUUCUCUGCUACAUUUUCUUGAUGCUCCUGUCCCUUAUCUGAUGGGCCUUCAGUCAAAAGAAGGAACUGACCGUUCUAAGCUAGAGCUUCCUCAAGAGGCUAAUUUGUGUUUUGUGGAUAUCGACAACCAUUUCAUUGAGUUGCCUGAAGAAUUUCCACAGUUCCCCAAUAAAGUGGAUUUUAUCCAGGAACUCUCUGAAGUUCUUCUUCAAUUUGGAAUCCCUCCUGAGGGAAGCUUACAUUGCAGUGAAAGCACCACCAAACUGAAGAACCUGGUUCUGAAAGACUUGGUCAAUGACAAGAAGAAUGGCAAUGUCUCUGCUAAUAACAUCAGUAUGUAUGAGUUACUGAAGGGCAAUGAAACCAUAGCCCGCCUCCAAGCCCUGGCCAAGCGGACCGGUGUGACCGUGGAAAAAAUGGACCUCUCUGCCUCUCUGAGUGACAAAGAAAAGGACUUAAAACUGCAGUGUGAAGAGGCAGAACUGAGGGACUACCAGCUCAACGUGCAGCUCCGAGAGGUCUUUGCUAACCGAUUUACACAGAUGUUUGCCGAUUAUGAAGCCUUUGUGAUUCAGACCGCCCAGGACAUGGAAUCGUGGCUGACCAACCGGGAACAGAUGCAGAACUUUGACAAAGCAUCCUUUCUGUCUGACCAGCCCGAGCCUUACCUGCCAUUCCUUUCACGCUUCAUUGAAACACAGAUGUUUGCCACCUUUAUUGAUAAUAAAAUUAUGUCUCAGUGGGAAGAGAAAGAUCCUUUGCUUCGAGUCUUUGACUCUCGGAUUGAGAAGAUAAGACUGUAUAAUGUAAGGGCUCCCACCUUGAGGACAUCUAUCUAUCAGAAAUGCAGCACUUUAAAAGAAGCAGGUGAACUCUUUAGACAGAGGCUAAAUGCUGCUGAUAUUGUGGCACCAGAACCUCAUGAUUUCUGUGCAGAAAGACCAGUUGAUACGCAAUCAAUUGAGCAGCGACUGAUGAAAAUGGAUCACACUGCAAUCCACCCACAUCUACUUGAUAUGAAAAUUGGUCAAGGCAAAUACGAGCAAGGAUUCUUUCCGAAGCUACAGUCUGAUGUCUUGGCAACAGGACCAACGAAUAACAAUCGCUGGGUGAGUCGCAGCGCCACUGCACAGCGCAGGAAAGACCGCCUUCGCCAACAUUCCGAGCACGUUGGGCUGGACAGCGACUUGAGGGAGCCUUCGGGGGAACUUGUGGUCUGUCAGAACUCCAUGGCAUUCUGGGAGUGGGAUCAGGGUCUACCUCCUCCUGCACGACUUCCUAAAAAAUCCUUCUCUGAGCGCUGCCUGAAAUACAUGCAAGAGGCCCGAAGUUUAGGAAAAAACCUGAGGCAACCCAAAUUGUCAGACCUCUCCCCCGCAGUGAUCGCACAGACCAACUGGAAAUUCGUAGAAGGCUUAUUAAAAGAAUGUAGAAUGAAGACGAAACGUAUGUUGGUGGAGAAGAUGGGACAUGAAGCAGUGGAACUGGGCCACGGAGAAGCAAAUAUAACUGGCUUGGAGGAGAACACCCUGAUUGCCAGCCUCUGUGACCUGCUGGAAAGGAUAUGGAGCCACGGCUUGCAGGUCAAGCAGGGGAAGUCAGCUUUGUGGUCACAUUUAAUUCAGUUUCAGGACAGAGAAGAGAAACAAGAGCACCUUGCAGAAUCACCAGUUGCCCUUGGACCAGAAAGAAGAAAAUCUGACUCAGGAGUUAUGUUGCCAACACUCAGGGUGUCUCUCAUCCAAGACAUGAGGCAUAUUCAAAACAUGAGUGAGAUCAAGACUGAUGUCGGCCGAGCUCGAGCAUGGAUCAGAUUGUCUCUAGAAAAGAAGCUUUUGUCCCAGCAUCUCAAGCAGUUGCUGUCAAACCAGCUGCUCACAAAGAAGCUUUAUAAACGUUAUGCUUUUCUGCGUUGUGAAGAAGAAAGAGAGCAGUUUCUUUACCAUCUUCUUUCCCUCAAUGCUGUGGACUAUUUCUGCUUCACCAGUGUGUUCACCACUAUCAUGAUUCCAUAUAGGGCAGUGAUCAUUCCCAUCAAAAAGCUGAGCAAUGCGAUUAUCACAUCGAACCCUUGGAUCUGUGUAUCGGGAGAACUAGGAGACACAGGAGUAAUGCAGAUUCCCAAAAACCUCCUCGAAAUGACUUUUGAAUGCCAGAACCUAGGGAAGCUGACUACUGUUCAAAUUGGUCACGACAACUCAGGACUGUUAGCCAAAUGGCUAGUUGAUUGUGUCAUGGUCAGAAAUGAAAUCACAGGGCACACAUACAGGUUUCCAUGUGGGCGGUGGCUGGGGAAAGGCAUUGAUGAUGGAAGCCUGGAGAGAAUUCUCAUUGGAGAAUUGAUGACAUCAGCAGCAGAUGAGGAUCUAGUAAAGCAGUGUCGGACUCCACCCCAGCAGAAAUCACCCACCAUGGCCAGGAGACUAAGCAUCACUUCACUGACAGGAAAAAGUACCAAACCCAAUGCUGGACAGAUCCAAGAAGGAAUUGGAGAAGCUGUGAACAAUAUUGUGAAACAUUUUCACAAACCUGAAAAAGAGAGAGGAAGCCUCACCGUGUUGCUCUGUGGAGAGAGUGGCUUAGUGGCAGCACUUGAGCAAGUUUUCCACCAUGGCUUCAAAUCUGCUCGCAUCUUUCACAAGAACGUUUUCAUCUGGGACUUCAUAGAGAAAGCAGUUGCUUAUUUUGAAACCACUGACCAGAUUCUAGACAAUGAAGAUGACGUCCUCAUUCAGAAAUCAUCCUGCAAAACCUUCUGCCACUAUGUAAAUGCUAUUAAUACUGCACCCAGGAACAUUGGGAAGGAUGGCAAAUUCCAGAUUUUAGUUUGCCUUGGAACACGGGAUCGCCUGCUCCCACAGUGGAUUCCGCUGUUAGCCGAGUGUCCUGCUAUCACCCGAAUGUAUGAGGAGAGCGCCCUCCUUCGAGACCGCAUGACCGUCAACUCCCUCAUCCGCAUUUUGCAAACCAUCCAGGACUUCACCAUAGUCUUAGAAGGAUCACUCAUCAAAGGAGUGGAUGUGUAACCCAAUUAGCUAGAAACUCUCAGUCCAGACCCCUUGUUCCUGAACCUUCCCCAGCAGUGGGGGCCCGAUGCGGACUUGUCUGAUGAGGUAGGGAGCCACUAGGGGGCAGCACACCAUAUCCCCCAAUUUGAACAAUCCUCAUGCUGCAGACAAGGUUAAAUGCUGUAUUGUAGUUCAUUUGAACCUGGAAUUUAGUAUAAAAUAGAGUAUUUUCAUGUGUUAGAUGUGUGUAAAUAUGCUCUCUUCUUUAAGAAAUUAUAUUACUCUAAUAAGAUACUUUUCUUAGAUUGAAAAUUCCUGUGAUUUAAAAUAAGUAGUUUAAAAGUAUUGGGAGUUGGGGGGUAGGGUGGGGAGUGGUGCUAGUCAGGAAGAAGCCAGUAAACAUGUAAAUAUAGUACAAGCCGGCGGGGCUCUUUUUUCCUCCAGGUAUCACACAGAAUGCAUUGUUACAUCCUGGCCAUCCAUCCCAGUUCCCAUCCUUUGUAUUGUGAAUGUAGACAACUUUACCUACUGUAUGGGGUAGGAGUCCUCACUUGUGUCUUUUAAGUUUCAAAUAAUUUCCUACAUUUGAAUCGAGUCACUUUUCCAGUCUUUUGGAAGAAUGUUUCCGUCAGCACAAGAUGAAGAUAUAAUUCAAAUAUUUUGAAUACUGGACCCCAGGAGCUUGGCUGAACUGGAAAGAGAACACACAAAGUCCUGAGAAGUGUGUUAAAUUGUGGGAUUAUAACUUCUUUACACUUUGGAAAGAUUAGCCUAGACUAACUUCAUUCUUGGCAUUUUUAUUCUUGUUAUUUGAGGUACUUUGGGGAGACGUGAUUUUCAGAGUGUUGGCCUCAUAGUUGGAAGAACUGCAAACAGCGGUUUGAUUCUGUACUUUUAAUUUGGCCACCUCAACCCGGGAGUGGUCCCUUACCUCUUCAGGAUAACCACAAACCCAGUCUUUGUUAGGUUCCAGUCAACCCCCCCUCCCCCCGCAUGCCCAUCCCCCCUCAGGAAAAGGAAAGAAUGUCUAAGAAGGGGGAGGGCUCUGUGUGGCUUGGAAUGUCUUUGUGAAAGUAUUUGUUGACCAUGAUAAUGCAAAUAACCGAAGAGCAGAGAAAGAAUGAACUCUUUCUGGGUGUUUCAGGGCAAGCUUCACGUUCCUUUGUAAGCGGGACGGUAAUGUAAAACAGCUGGCCCAGAGAAGGGCAAAGCCAGUUCAGCACAAGACUGGCAAAAUGGAAGCAAAACAAGAGGCAACAGUUUUUAAAGACCAAACGUUGUGAGUAACUUUCCAGUUUGGUAUUUUGUAAGAAAGAUAAAUACAUGUGAUGUUAGCUUGUUACCUUAAGUCCUCAUCUUAUGUUGGGUCCUGUAAGUCUAAUUAGGCAUUUGCACAUUGUUAGCAGCGAAAUUGUCUCAGCAGAGCUCUAGAUUUUAUUCCCAGUUGUGGCUGAGAAACCCAGCCACGGCCUCUCAGGACCCUUGUAUAAUCCGAGGGUCCUGGGCUUUAGCCAACAGUGUUGUUUCUCUUUUUUCCUGGAGAAAGAAACUAAUGAAACAAGUGCCUCCCUCCCUUUAUCAAACACUGUAUUCAGCCAAGGCCCACCCUCUUUUAAUCUGUGACGAAGAAAGCACUUGAGGAGAGAAGGGGGAAUUGAAGGGAGCAUUUAGAAUCCCACGAAAGGGUUUAAGAUGGUUCUGGGUGAUCUGGGUAGACCAGAAAUUUGUUUGCCUGCAGCUAAAGUGUGUCUCUGGUGGUGUGGGUCUUCCAGGGAUGUGGCAAUUCUGUUAUGGGAGACAUCCAGAACCUGUUUCACAGCAGGCUCUUCUUGUUUCAAUGAUGAGAAAUCAUAGAAUGAUCCAGUCCAGGGUUUUGUUCUUGUUACCCUUUCCAAAGGCCAUGCUUCUGACACACUCUGGGCAAACAGAGAGAUGACUUAGACUAGCAUGCUAGAAUUGAUUCAUGUAGUCCCGCCUUCUCAUUUAUGGGAUGGGAACACUUAAGGAUCCGAGAGAUUAAAGUAUUACCCCUACUCCUGGUCAGUGACAACACAGGGUCUAGAAUUCCUUUUCUUUUUUUUUUUUUUUUUUUUUUCUUACACCAGGCUGCAUGAGACAGACCCCCAAUGCAUUCUUAUUAAUAGUCUUUCUACCUUUGGAUCUUUAUUUAUCCACCUAUACAGGUAGGACAUAAGGAUGAAUAUUCAUUUGUAAUAAUCAUCUACAAGGAUUCAUAUUCAUUUUAACAAAUUGUCCUCAAGUUAUAGAGAAUUACACCUGUUGUGAAAACUAGGAGCAAAAUUUGAUUGGGAAGUCUAUGAAUAAAACCAUUACUCUAAGGCGUUCCCAUCAUGGCUCAGUGGUUAACAAAUCCAACUAGGAACCAUGAGGUUGUGGGUUCGAUCCCUGGCCUUGCUCAAUGGGUUAAAGAUCUGGUGUUGCCGUGAGCUGUGGUGUAGGUUGAAGACACAGCUUGGAUCCCAAGUUGCUGUGGCUGUGGUGUAGGCCAGCAGCUACAGCUCUAAUUAGACCCCUAGACUGGGGACCUCCAUAUGCCGCGGGUGCAGCCCUAGAAAAGACAACAAACAAACAAACAAAUUACUUUAAAAAGUAAUGACCCACCCAAAGCAUUAUACCUAAAGUCUUACUAUCAUCUGACUAUAGUGGUGAAACGACUAAUUUCAAAAAAAGCGAAUCACACCAAAGCAGACAUAUCCUCCAGAUGCCAGGCCCUUUAAAGUGGUCACCUUGGGAGUCCUUAUACUAAUACAUAAGCCAGUGAUAGAGCCAGUGUUCCAAACACCUGGGACCUCCUCGUGAGCUGCCUGAGUGACUUACAGCUCCUUCUUUUGAAUAUUGCCAGUGAUGGUAAAUGUUGACCUUUAGGAAAGAAAUAUCGUAUUUGGAGACAACAGGAGGUCCUUAUGUUCCAAGUUGAUGAAUGUAAAGGACAUGUAAGCAGAGUUUGGGGUCACAGUUCUAAAGAAGUGAGAUGAUUCUUAUGUGACUUAUAUAUCUCUGAACCAAUAUCUAAAUAUUUUGAGCAGGACAGUAGCAGAGUCCUUAGAAUAAAAGUACAUGUAAAUGUACAUAGCCUUCUGAGCUGACUUUUGAAAGUUAUUCAGAGGUAUACUUUCUGCUAUGUUCAUUUUUUAAAUUAAUAUAAUUCCUUUGUCAUCACACCUCAAAAUACAUAAAAGCCAAUUUUGUAAUUUUUUUUCCUUAAGAUAAAUUAAAGGUAAUGUCUGAGGUCAAAAUCAGUGUUCUCACAUAAUCGUAGCUUAAGAAGAAAUUUCUUUUACACUAAAUUGUCAAAAAUAUUACCUCUUGAAACAUUUCUAAGUGUUUUUCAAAUGUCCAGAAACUCCUAAUCUCAACCGUUGUGACACAGCAGCAUUACACUCAUGUUGGUAUUAUGUGUGAGACCCUAAACUGUGCUCUGCCCAGGGACUCAUUAGCGCCUUGAGAAUGACUAAGGCUCAACGUGGAGUAGCAUAAAGGACUGGAGAAAAAUGGGCUACUGAAAAGAAAGUAAGACCUCCCAACUUUCCCCACCCUCUUUCCCACCAGGUGCAAGAAUUUGAUAGGAGAAACCUAAAGCUUGCAAAAGUUUGUGAUUUUUCCCUCUAAAAUUUAUUUUAAAUAUGUCCCACAUUUUUGUACCUUUUGUAAUCCUGUGGUAUUUACUUUCACAUGGCUUUUAAAAAAAUUAUUUAAAUGAACUUCUGUCCCACUGUAAGAAUGAGACAGGGGAAAUCUCUAAUUGCUCCUAUUUCCUUUUUUGGCAAUAAAACACUGUUGUAUUAUGUAAAUGUAGGUAAAAAAGGAUAGAGACUAUCUGUAACAGUUUAUGUGUAGUGAACGUUGACACCUCUGAGAUAUUUUGAAACAUGAGGCAACAAAUAAGGACCUCGGAUUCCCCAGGGAAAUAUUUAUUUGACAGCAUUGGGAGUGUAGCUCUUAAUAAUGAAACAGCUUCUUUCUGCUAAGAAUGAUCAUUUUUCAGUAGAUUUUUCAUUUUGAGAACUGUGAGUAUUUUCUCUGUCAGAUUUAUAUAGAACCUGGUCUAGCCUUUACACCAUUUGAAAGGACAAUCUGAACCUUAGCUAUUUAUAUUUCAGUAUUAACACACCUUCAUUGAUUGAAAAUGGAGUCUGGAGAUCUUCUCUACUUUUAUUAAGUGAAUCCUAUUCCCAAGUCAUCCACUAUAUUUGAAGUCCGUGUUUCUUAUAUAAGUAUUUGUUACCUUACCCUUUCACAUAAAAGGAGACAGAAAUAAACAAUAAACUACAAGGUCUCUUAUUUCUAUUAAAAUACUUUAUAAAUCUCUUGAAUCAAAAUGAUUUCCAAGCUUUCUGAAGAGGAUGCCAACGGAGUGUGAUCAGAAUAAUUCAAGGAGAACCUUAUCCUUUCAGAUCUUAGCAGACCUGAUCCUCCUCUCAAGGACAAAAUAAAGAUUGGCUCCAAAAAUGUAUCACAUUGAGCAUUUAAUACCAGAGUAGAAAAAAAUCAACCAAAAAAUUUCUCUUCAUUAGAAGGAAUCCAGGGUAUCCUUGGGUAGAGUGGGAGAGAAUCAUGCUUGACUAGAUUUCCUAAAUGUUUUGCGUGUGGCUCCAGGCUCUAUUCCAAACAACGGACAGAUCUUGGUAACAGUAGAGAGGUACAGUAAGAGUUCCUGUUGUCAAUCAAAUGAGGGUGUUAAACAUACAGAAAAAGUCCUCUGUGUUACACUUGAACCAUGUAUAAAUGUACUCUGUGUAUCUUUUUUUUUAAAUGAGCAUUUCUGCAUUUAAAUUAUAUUGUUUUUCUUGGUGUUGUUAACAGAAUGCAUCAAAACUGGAUUUUUUAAUUUCUCAUCUGAACAUAAUUAAAAUUUAAAGAGUAUUGUGAUAUCAAGCACUUUAACAUACGUUAUCAGAGAAACUGAUGUGGGUUUUUCAGGUUUUGGAGUACAUUUAAAUAUGACUUUUCAUGCUUUGUUCUUUACAAAUAAAACUGUGGGGUUGAUACU